AUGUCUCCAACGCGUAAAGAAGUUCUAUCACUUUAUCGUUCUUUUCUUCGUAUAAUCGAACGUUGGCCUACUGAUUACUUACGACCGAACCGAAACUUGAAACAUGUACUUAAUUUACGUGUCGCUGAAGGUUUUAGACAACAUAUAGUCGUUAAAGACGCGAAUGAUUUUAAUACUUUAUUUUUUGGAGCAAAUUCUGAACUUGAGGCAUUAAAAAGUUUGGUGGAUAAUGAAUUUAAAGAAAAGUAUCCACUUUCUGAUCGAAUUUACCAACCUGCAGCUAAUCCGAAAUAUUAUUCAGGAUUAAUUGCUGCUAUUGAUAAAGCUGCUAAACAAAAACGAGAAGAAGAUGCGAAACAGCCUUCAUUAUGGGAAAGAAUUUUUAAGUUUUUGACUUUUAAUCGAAAUAAAAUUUUAUAG